AGGCCGCUCCAAGCCCGGCCUGCCCUGCUGCCACCACCAUGACACUCCUCCCUGGCCUCCUGUUUCUGACCUGGUUGCAUGCAUGCCUGGCCCACCAUGACGCCUUCCUCAGGGGGCACCCCCACACUCAUGGGACCCCACGCUGCUACUCAGCUGAGGAACUGCCCCUCGGCCAGGCCCCCCCACACCUGCUGGCUCGAGGUGCGAAGUGGGGGCAGGCUUUGCCUGUAGCCCUGGUGUCCAGCCUGGAGGCAGCAGGCCACAGGAGGCGGCGUGAGAGGCCCUCAGCUGCGACCCAGUGCCCGGUGCUGCGGCCAGAGGAGGUGCUGGAGGCAGACACCCACCAGCGCUCCAUCUCACCCUGGAGAUACCGUGUGGACACAGACGAGGACCGCUAUCCACAAAAGCUGGCCUUCGCCGAGUGCCUGUGCAGAGGCUGCAUCGACCCACGGACUGGCCGCGAGACAGCUGCGCUCAACUCCGUGCGGCUGCUCCAGAGUCUGCUGGUGUUGCACCGCCGGCCCUGCUCCCGCGACAGCUCGGGGCUCCCCACGCCCGGGGCCUUCGCCUUCCACACCGAGUUCAUUCGCGUGCCUGUCGGCUGUACCUGCGUGCUGCCCCGGUCAGUGUGACCGCCGAGGCUGUGGAGCCCCUAGACUGGACACAUGGGCUCCCCAGAGGGCACCCCCUAUUUAUGUGUAUUUAUUGUUAUUUAUAUGCCUACCCCAACACUACCCUUGGGGUCCAGGCAUCCCCCGUAUCUGGAGGACGGCCCCCCACUGUUCUCCCCAU